AUGGUUAUACCAAAGCACUUGAAACUAUGUGAAGUGAUUGGACGUCAAUAUGGAAGAUCGGCAUCAUUAGCUACCGUUGAUGAUGCGAAAACACAACAGUUUCUUACAGAUUUAAUGAUCAAAAUAAAUUCCAUUGGAAUGUACAUAGGAUUAAAUGACCUUGUAACUGAAGGGACAUUUCACUGGGUAGCCAACGGCAAGCAGGCAACAUACUUUAACUGGGGACCUACCCAACCAAACAACAGAGGGGGAAACGAAAAUUGUGUAGCUAUGCGAGUUGAUCCAGUUAUAGGCUUCAAUUAUUCUUGGACAGAUGGUCCUUGCACAGUUCCAACCACCUACAUUUGUGAAAUGGUGGCAGCAGAUAUUGGAAACCUUCUCGGAUAGCCGUAAUUGUCAGCAAUUGUAUUAC